AUGCCGGGCCUGGCCGUGGGAGAUGCGGUGCUCAUCAGCCAGACACGGCGGGAGACGAUGAUCAUCUGCCAGCCACAGCAGCGGAACACCGCCGGACGGAUGUUCGGUGGGUACCUCAUGAGGUGUGCCUACCGCUGCGCCUUUCCCACGGCCUACAUGUUCGCGGGCUCCUUCCCACACUUCGUGGAGGUGGACGAGGUGACCUUCCUUCAGCCAGUGGAGGUCGGCGACAUCUGCGAGUUCAGCGGACAGGUGAUGCUCACCUACACGAAGGUCCGCCCGGUGGUUCAUGUCGAGGUCACCGCCUCCGUGUUGAAGCCAGAUUUGAAAUCCAGCAUGAUCACCAACGUCUUCAACUUCGUCUUUGAGCUGCGGCCGAAGCCCGGGCAAGCGCUCCCGGUGGUGAAGCGCGUCUUCCCGAACGCGGAGGCGGGCGCUCAGCGAGUCGUCCAAAUCAUGGAGCGACACGACUUCCACUGA